UUCUUCGCAUGCAAAAAUGAGUUUCGUAUUAUAAGUAUACGUAUAUGUAAGAAAUUGUAAUAUUAAUAAAAAAAUUGAAUUAAAUAUUACAUAAAGUUGAAAUAGAAGUGAUUGAUCUAUAAAUUUACAUUUAAACUAGUUUAAAAAGGGAAAGAACAAUGCAAAAAUCUCUUAGAUUAAAACGUGAAUUAGAACGACUUGCACAAAAUCCUUCGGAAGGAAUUUGUUGUUAUCCAAAAUCGGAUAACUUGGAACACCUCACUGCAACAAUUGUUGGACCCUGUGGUAGCCCAUACAAUGGAACUAUUUUUGAAUUAGAUAUCGAUAUACCUAAAGAAUAUCCUUUUGAACCUCCAAGAAUUACUUUUAAAACACCUGUUUAUCAUCCAAACAUUGAUAAUAAAGGUCGUAUCUGUAUGGAUUUAUUAAAUAUGCCACCUAAAGGUAGUUGGAAACCUACCAUUGGCUUGAAAAAUCUUUUGGACGCAGUACAAUGCCUUUUAGGUAAUCCAAAUCCUGAUGAUCCUCUAAUGGUUGAUAUAGCCGAAGAAUAUAAAUUUAAUAAACAAGAAUUUGAAAGGAAAGUAAAAAAAUUUAUCGAAGAAACAAAAACUAAAUACUCAUAGGUGUAAGUAUUUUAUUGAAUAUAUAAAACAAGUAGUGUAUAA